AUGGUCUGCUGCUGCACAGAGGUGGAGGGCGAGGAGAGGCAUCUCGGCCUGACUUUUUGCAGGAAUCAGUCUACGACACUGAACAUUCCUUAUCGAGCAAGGCACCCGGUUCGCUGUGUUAACGGACCAGCAAAGGAGAAUAACCCUCCACACCUUGCUGAAGCUCACAUCGAUGAGCUGCUUCGCUCCCAGGGAGGCAAAUGCAUGCAUCGCUUAAAAGCACAGCCACAUGGAGGACCGGGCCGUGGGGAGGCUGAGACAAGGGAAUGCAUUUACUACAACGCCAACUGGGAGCUGGAGAAGACCAACCAGAGCGGCGUGGAGCGCUGCGAGGGGGAGAAGGACAAGCGGCUCCACUGCUACGCCUCCUGGAGAAACAACUCAGGCUCCAUUGAGCUGGUGAAGAAAGGCUGCUGGUUAGAUGACUUCAACUGUUAUGACAGGCAGGAGUGUGUAGCCACAGAAGAAAACCCUCAAGUAUUUUUCUGCUGCUGCGAGGGCAACUAUUGCAAUGAGAAAUUUACCCAUUUGCCUGAAGUCACCGGCCCAGAAGUUAUAUACGAGCCGCCGCCACCAACACCCUCCCUGCUCAACAUCCUGGUGUACUCGCUGCUCCCCAUUGCUGUCCUCUCCAUGGCCAUCCUCUUGGCCUUCUGGAUGUACCGUCACCGCAAGCCUCCCUACGGGCACGUUGACAUUAAUGAGGACCCUGGCCCACCACCCCCUUCUCCCCUGGUUGGCCUAAAGCCUCUGCAGCUCUUGGAGAUCAAGGCGAGGGGACGCUUUGGCUGCGUGUGGAAGGCUCAGCUGAUGAAUGACUACGUAGCAGUUAAAAUCUUCCCUAUUCAGGAUAAGCAGUCUUGGCAGAGUGAGAGGGAGAUUUUCAAUACUCCUGGCAUGAAGCAUGAAAACCUUUUGCAGUUUAUCGCAGCAGAGAAAAGAGGGACAAACCUAGAGACGGAGCUCUGGCUGAUCACAGCUUUCCACGACAAGGGCUCUCUGACGGAUUACCUGAAGGGCAAUAUUAUCAGCUGGAAUGAGCUCUGCCAUGUUGCAGAAACGAUGGCCCGUGGCUUGUCCUACCUUCAUGAAGAUGUCCCUUGGUGCAAAGGUGAAGGACACAAGCCUGCUAUAGCACACAGGGACUUCAAGAGUAAAAAUGUCUUGCUGAAGAACGACUUGACGGCAGUGCUAGCCGAUUUUGGACUAGCUGUACGGUUUGAACCUGGAAAACCUCCAGGGGACACUCAUGGACAGGUGGGAACAAGGAGGUAUAUGGCUCCUGAAGUGUUAGAGGGAGCAAUCAACUUCCAACGAGACGCCUUCCUGAGAAUAGACAUGUAUGCAAUGGGACUGGUGCUGUGGGAGCUAGUCUCCAGAUGUAGAGCAGUUGAUGGUCCAGUGGAUGAAUACAUGCUGCCUUUCGAAGAAGAAAUAGGUCAGCACCCAUCCCUCGAGGACCUGCAAGAAGUGGUGGUUCACAAGAAGAUGCGCCCCGUGUUCAAGGAUCACUGGCUGAAACACCCUGGCUUGGCGCAGCUCUGCGUGACCAUCGAAGAGUGCUGGGACCACGACGCGGAGGCUCGGCUCUCGGCAGGCUGUGUCGAGGAGCGCAUUGCGCAGAUCCGCAAGUCUGUAAACGGCACUACCUCGGACUGCCUCGUCUCCAUCGUGACGUCCGUCACCAACGUGGACUUGCCGCCCAAAGAGUCUAGUAUCUAAGUCCUGGUUCACUUUUGUCUUUCCAGACUCAGUGGAUUUAAAAAAAAAGGAAAAAAGUUUAAAAAAAAAAAAAAAA